UUGGGAUUGCUCCCGCCUUCUGGAAAUCCGAGAAGUUCAAAAGAUGAAAUCAGUGGUGCCCUUCGCGCAGCUCAGUGUGUGCAUGUCUGUGUGUGUCUCAGAGAAUUCUCCAGUGACCGAAACUGACCAGAAAUCUAUACGAAUCGCCGAGCGGCAUCGCAUCUGUCAACAUGGAUCAGACACGAUUAAUGGGAUCAAACUGAAAACACGAAUAUAUAUCUUCCAGAACUGAGAGCUGCUGCUCUCUCUAUGCUGUUCCAGCGGCAAACCGUGCCCGCGGGUUUUCUGAAGAGAAAUACGCCGAUAUGGCAGUUGUCUGAUUACUUUGCUGCCUCUGAAACCCCUCUCGUUUGCCUCUCUCACAGGAAGUACAGUGGAGCUGUCGGAAUGACGAUCUCUACAUCUGACAUAAACUGUUCGCCGCCCCACUUGUAAACAUUGCUAGUGCGGGGAAGAGAAACGGAACUUGCUUGACUAACAUUCUUUGUGUCAAUUAGACUAAGUGCAAGUAACUGGACACCUGCACAGAGCGAGUUCUUUCAAUUCCACUUGGUGCCUGAGUUGUUUGGACCGAUGUUGAACUACUGAUAGUUGGAAAUCGGAGCGUACUACUUACUUUGUGGACCUUUGCUGCCUGCGUUUAUCGCUCCGGAUCGCCGGCACGUUCCUGCAGAGGCGGCGAAAGAAGCCACUUCCCAGGCCAAGGAUGCCGGCGGCGGCCGGAGACAGCCUGGACGACCCGUCACCGGGAGAGCUCCGCGUUUCCGGCUCGGAAAUUAACCUUCCAUUUUCGGUUGCCCAUGUUUCUCGAGAGUCAAUCCGCAAUUUCCACCACACCAAGCGGGUCGGAAGUUAUCUGAUUGGGAGAAAGUUAGGCGAGGGAUCUUUCGCCAAAGUCAGAGAAGGAUUGCAUGUUCUGACUGGUGAAAAGGUGGCUGUGAAGGUUAUUGAUAAGAAGAAAGCCAAGAAAGACUCCUAUGUAACAAAGAACCUGCGGAGAGAAGGACAGAUCCACCAGAUGAUCAGGCACCCAAAUAUCACGCAGCUUCUGGAUAUACUCGAAACAGAGAACAGCUACUACUUGGUUAUGGAGCUAUGCACAGGAGGCAACUUAAUGCACAAAAUGUAUGACAGAAAGAUAUUGGAAGAAGCAGAGGCACGCCGAUAUAUCAGGCAACUCACUCUAGCAGUGGAGCACCUGCACCGAGCAGGAGUGGUCCAUAGAGAUCUGAAGAUUGAAAACCUUUUACUUGAUGAAGAAAACAAUAUAAAAUUAAUAGAUUUUGGAUUGAGCAACUGUGCUGGAAUUUUGGGUUAUUCUGACCCUUUUAGCACCCAGUGUGGGAGUCCAGCCUAUGCAGCUCCAGAACUUUUAGCACGGAAGAAGUACGGUCCCAAGGUUGAUAUAUGGUCAAUUGGUGUGAAUACCUAUGCAAUGCUGACUGGGACCUUACCUUUCACAGUAGAACCAUUCAGCCUAAGAGCCUUGCACCAGAAAAUGGUGGAUAAAGACCUUAAUCCUCUACCUGUCCAUCUCUCAUCAGCUGCUAUUAAUUUUCUACUAUCCUUACUGGAGCCUGACCCCAUUAAACGGCCAAACAUUCAACAGGUACUUUCUGAUCACUGGCUGAAUGACGACUCCUCAGGGACACCUACAUCAAGGACACCUACAUCAAGCAUGGCUUACUCAUACCGGCUUCAUCCAGAGGACUUGAAUCAGAGUGUGGUGCUCCACAUGACUGAGAAAAUGGGAUAUAAGCACGCUGAGGUUGUAAACACAGUGCUGUCAAACCGAGCCUCCCACACUCUUUCCAUCUACUUUCUGCUCAAUAGGAAAUUGGAUCACUAUUUUAAAAGCAUUGGGAAAGCAGACUUUGCAGAUGGCAUUUGCUAUAAGAACCUACUGCAUCAGUGUGAUAAAUACAGACUCAAGGAAAUGCAGGAGGAAAAGAAGACCAAGGAUCCAGGGAAACGAAUGGAUGUUAUCCAGAAACCUUUCCCCAGAAAGGCAGAGAAAGGUUUUAAUAUUUCAAAACAGUCACCCUGUUUUCUUGCUCCAGUGAACUCCAAUAAAGUUGCGCAGACUGACAGAAAGGUCGCCAAAGCUGAGCGAGGGCUGUUGCCAGAACCUUGCCGCCCUAUUGGAUCCAUCCCAGUAGGUGGAGCAACAUCCAGCAAGAACGGCUACCUCAAGUCACCUUCCUUAGAGUACUUGGAAAUGCAUCAUCCCCAGCCAAGGACUCCUUUGCCUAUCAGGCAGCACGAAUCCCAGCCACUAUGCUUGGUGAGCUCGAAACGAAGAAUGAAAGAUCUAUUGCCAAUCACCACCACUGGGUAUCAUCCUGGCAUGGGGCAAGAACAACAAGAACUGGUUCCUCAGCAGAGGGACAUAGCAUCUACACAAAUGAUCUUUUCUGCAUCCACUGAACAGCAUGAAUGCUUAAGUCCCUCGAAAUCUCUGAGUCAUCCAGCUCACACUGUUCCAAUGUAUGAUGGAAAGAAAGAUAUUUUAAGGCCCCAGAGGGCAUCACUUAUUCCAUCAAAUGCAACUAAUGCAAAAUCUAAUGAAUUGACCAAUCCUUACUUGGUUAAAAGCAGAGGCAAAUUCCCAAUGAUGGGCAUUGGACAGAUGUUAAGAAAACGAAAUGAGGCUUUACAGUUAAGAACAGACAGUCCCAUAGAUGUGAGUGGCCAUGUGACCCCAAAAUCAAACAUUAUACAGAAGAUACUGUAUACUGCUGGCAGUCUACAACCCCAGUGCUCAUUUCACUCCUGAGCCAUAGACUGAGGUGUGGUUUAUCUCGGGGAUGCAUGCAUAAGGUUUAUGAGAUUUCUCAUUCAAUACACUAUAUAAAUAUAUAUUAUAUGAUUUCUUUUCUAUGAUAUUUUUACAUAAAUUCUCUCAGGAACUCAUAGAAAAUAUUUAAUCUCAUUUUGUUGUGCUAAGCUAAUUUGGAUCAGAAGGCCGUGAAUUUGGUCAGUAUUAUUAUAAAAUAGCACAAAAUUGAACUGUUUCCUGUACAAUAGUCUCUGUUGUUGUAUAUUAAAAAGAGCAGGGAAACCACUUCUGAAAAAUCUUUGUUUGUUUGUGAGCCAUUGUCUGGAUUCUGAAUGCUACAAAUCACGCAGAUGUGUUUUAUAUUGCACGCGGCCAUUCGUCAAAGAACUUAAGUUAAAUUGCACCUCGAAAGCUGCCUUGCCAUGUACUUUGUGCUUUAUAGGUGUCAUAUUCUGUGCUGAUGCCAUAUGGUCUAAACUUCAGACAAGCAAUUAUGUUUCUUUUGUGGAAAGUAAGAUAUUUAACAGAAAAGCAAAUAUCUGAUCAAACUUGUUAAGCAGUCUGAGAAACAUUAUAGAGUGGAUAGCCAGAGUUUUUUAUCCCCAGGACAGCAAAAGUAGAGCACAUCUUUUUAAGUUGAGUGGAGGAAAGUAUAAGGGGGAUGUCAGAAGUAGGUUUUUGACACAGAGUGUUUGGUGUGUGGAAUGCACUGCUGUAGGUGGUGGUUGAGGCUGAUACAUUAGGGGCAUUUAAGAGACUUUUAGAUAGGCAUGUGGAUGAAAAAAAUUGAGGUUUAUGGGUUAUGUAGGAGGGAUAAGUUAUUUGAAAUAUUACAGAAAACUCUAGAUCUAGAUUUGAAAGACCUCUGCCUAAUCAAAAAUCUGUACUGGGAACAAACUGCCGCUAUAAGAAUAGGUGGAGAAGUGAGUCAGUUUACGAAAAUCAAGAGAGGCGUUAGACAAGGGUAUGUUUUCUCCCCUGAUUUAUUUAAUGUGUACAGUAAAACAAUAUCA